AUGGAAGGCAGAGAUCUGAAGAAAAGAGGACCAAGCCCGUUUGCUUCUCCUGAGCGCUUACGCGUAGUUGGUGAACAAGCCGGCGAUGCUGAGAAAACCUCGGCGGUAAGCUCACGUAAAAACCAAAGAGCUUCACGGAUCAACAAGAAGUACAAAUUCACUCCGCUUGAUACGAUAAGUGACAACAGAGAUGAGAAGUUAGCUCAACCUGGAUCUCUGCGAUCUAUUUCCCUAUCACAAGUACGGAAAUCCACAAAGGAUAAAAAUUUCAAGCGUACUUCUCGUGAGGAUGCCGCUGUUAAAGCUACGGGAGUUUCAAAAACUCCAGGCACGGUUCAGGAAAAUGAGUCCAAACUCUAUAAUAAUACUAAUAGGCCGGAAGAAGUGGUUUGGCAGUAUUCGCCGAGAAAAAAUGUCAGGAGUGGUACAGGAUCUGAAAUAGAGCAAGGGUAUCGAUCGCUAUCUGAGGAUAGCGUGAUUGAGCAAGUGGUCAAAGAAUCUUCCACUCCAAUCGUGCCCAACAAAUACAGAAAUGUGUUGACUUUUCGACACGUUGAUAACGCCCAGGGCCGUGGAGAGGACACUGCUAGCCUUGCGUCGAGAAAUCCCUCGCUGCAAAGAAACUCGCUACCUAGGUCUUACGAAAACUUGUCACCAUCGAGACCCUCAACACGGGACAUUGAUGAGAUUAUAAAUGAUUUGGAGUGUCAUACUGGUUUAAAACCACCUUUUCAAGCAAAAGAUAUUCCUUCUUCACCAACUUUUUCUUUCACAGAAGCAACGCGAACCAACGAGGAAUUGUCCGAUCUACGAAAAAAGGUCUCGCCAAAUUUACGGAAUCCAUGUUCAGAGUCCCAAAAAGAGGAUGCCCAGGAAGAAAUAAAGGACCAAGGCAAAACCCUCAACUCUGUAUUUUCUUCCCCCACCGCUGGAAUACCGAUCGAGUGCUCCGAGUACGUGCAAUUUGCUAAGAGGAAGAGUGAGUCCGCAACCGUAGGUACUGUAAAAACCAAUGAUGACAAAACCGACAAGGAGUACGAGUAUGACGACCACCAUGGUAACAUUCAUAAUAGAAACGGUGUAAAGAAUCCAGAUAAGGAAGAAGAUGAAGAUGAUGAAGAUGAUGAGGAUGAUGAGGAUGAUGAGGAUGAUGAUGGUUCUUUGAUAGAAAUUUUGACACAGAAGUUCACGGCCGGUGAGAAUAUAAAACAUAUCACAGCUCCUUCCAAAAACACUGCAUCUUCAAAAUCAAAUUCUUCUGAAUUGUCUUCGGAUGAUGCGUUUGACGAUUCCCUGAUUGAAUUUCUAGGUACUGCCACCAAGAACUCCAAUAUUGCUACAAUUGGGGGUGAUCAAGUGGAAUCAGAAAUCGAAGUCGUAGAGCAGCGAUUCUCCCAGACGCUUAAUGUUCAAGAUCAAGAAUCACAUAAGAACAAAAUUCCUGAGAGGUACCUUGAGCGAGCGCAAUUCGCAGCACAUAGGAAUGACAUGAACCGACUAGUGAUUAUAGAGACCGAGGAUUAUAAUCUAAAAAAUGGCGCCAAGCAAAAGAUUCUUAAAUGCGUGGAUUACGAAAGCAAAACCUGCAACCUUGUGCUAAGAUCACCGUGGGUAGAUUUGCCAUUUGAACAGGGAGAUGUUGUCCAUACUGUUCCAGGUAGAAAUGCUACCAAUAAGCGGCUAUUUUCUAAUGACAAAGAACCAGAAACAGGAAUGUUGAACGAUAAUCUCUUGAUUCUCAACCCCGAUAUUCUUCUUGCUGCAACGACAGUCGGAAAAGCUGUGGAAUGCCAAAGAAAAGCUAUAAUCGGCACUCAAUUCAGUGGGCCCGGUGAAGCUAAUCUCCCAGCUUUGAUCGGGUCCAUCGUGCACGAACUACUUCAAGCAUGUCUUCAAUUUAAGCUGGACCAUCACAACUUAUCUGACAGUUUUGUAAAUUCGAAGCUAGAGUAUCUUCUAGAGUACUACGCUGCUGAUAUAAUAUUGUGCCGGACUACUCAACAGCAGAUUUCACAACAAAUUAUACAAGAUCAUCUUAUGAACAUCAAAGACUUCACGAGAAAAUAUGUGAAAAGUCAAAGCUCUUCUGUGGUAAAGGAACGCAACAAAAUUCCUUUUACAAUUUCCAAUAUUAUCGACAUCGAAGAGAAUAUCUGGUCACCAAUGUAUGGGCUUAAGGGAUUUAUUGACGCAACAGUGGAAACGAAAUUUCCGAACAACUCCAAAUUCAUUGCUCCUUUGGAGCUAAAAACUGGUAAGACAAAAUCCGUCAGUCAUGAGGUGCAAGGAAGCAUUUACACGCUACUGCUUAAUGAUCGUUACGAGCUUCCAGUCAAUUUUUUUCUGUUGUUUUACACCAAACCAAAUGACUUCAGUAAGCAAAACACCUUACUUACCUCAAUUAAGCAUCUCCUCGUGUUGAGAAAUCAGGUUUCCGCUUUUCUAAAGCAUGAACUUGAGGAAAUAGCAGGCACAGAAUGGAACGGAACUAUUCUUCCGCCUAUCUUGCGUAGUUCGGAAUGUGAUAAUUGCUACUCAAAAACCGAAUGUAUGGUUUUGAACAACAUAUGUGAGGACGGUAAUGCCGCUGACAGCGGUCUAAAAGUUGGUGAAUAUGACGCAAUUACGAGUCACCUUUUAAUGAACCGUCGUCAAUAUGGGGAUUUCUACAAGAAGUAUGAAGACCUUAUAGUAAAAGAAGAGUCCAGUCUGAAUGGUGUGAACAGGAAGGUCUUUCUUCUUGACAGCCGUACCAGGGAGUCGGUCAGUGGGAAGUGUUUAAGUAGCCUGCGAAUAAAGAGCUCAGAAGACAACAAUACCAGCAAGCAAAUUGAAUACACUUUUGUAAGGAAAAACCUAGAGUUGCAAUUACCGCUAAUGACGGCAUCACAAAUUUCCACGAAUGAAAUUGUAAUUAUAAGUGAUGAGUCGGGGCAUUUUGCACUUUGCACUGGCCGCGUCGUAAGUAUCACCAGUCAUGAGAUUACCGUAAUGACCUCUAGAAGGCUAGAGAACAAUAACAUUCAUGUUCCCGGGUUUGAAAAAGAAACAAACCAAACUCUAAAAACUGUACUUAUGCCUGUGACUGGUUUGAAUCAAGCUCGGCAAGAAGCUUUGAGCUAUAGAAUUGACCGAAAUGAAAUACAAAGAGGGAUGGCGGUAGCAAGGUUCAAUCUUCUCAAUCUAUUCCUACCCCCAGUACCAAAAGAUGCAGUUACACUCGACGAAAUCAGUGGAGAAGAACGCAAAGUCAAAGCAUCGCUAGGCGGUGACAUGAGAACCCGAGAGCUUCUGGUCGAUGGGAAAUCACCCAAAUUUAGAUCAGGCUCUGAUCCGCCAGUCUUUGCUCGAGAAAGUGGUGUAAGCCCCGAUCUCAAUUUUGAUCAACAGGUGGCAUUUGACAAAGUCAUGAGAGCAGAAGAUUUUGCUUUGAUUCUGGGCAUGCCAGGUACAGGUAAAACGACGUUAAUUGUUGAGAUAGUCAGGAUGCUUGUUAAGCGUGGUAAGAGUGUUCUACUAACUUCAUAUACUCAUUCAGCAAUUGAUAAUAUCCUCAUCAAACUCAAGCAGUACAAAGUCGAAAUUAUGAGACUGGGUACAAAACAUCGUGUACAUCGGGAAACCCAGGAAUUUGUUCCCGAUUUAUCUGGUGCAGAAAACUUUAAUGAGCUUGUAGAAAUAGCAGAACGAGCCCCUGUCGUUGCGACAACGUGCCUCAAUAUCUAUGACACGCUGUUUUCCGUGAGACGAAAAGAUUUCGACUACGUUAUUGUCGAUGAGGCGAGUCAACUAUCACUUCCAAUGUGCUUGGGACCUUUAAAAUUCGCACCAAAAUUUGUUCUGGUAGGAGAUCAUUAUCAAUUACCGCCUCUAGUGAAGAAUGCUGCGGCGCGAGCUGGCGGUCUGGAUGAAUCACUGUUCAAGAUCCUGUGUGAAAAACAUCCCAACAGCAUGGUGGAGCUGACACACCAAUACAGAAUGUGUGAGGAUAUCAUGACGUUACCUAAUUACCUGAUUUACGAUGGGAAGCUAAAAUGUGGCAACGAUAGUGUGCGUAAUCAAGAAUUGAACACGCCGACAAUAGAAGAAGUGAUUAAGCUGCAGAGGUUUAAUGCAUCGGACCCCUGGCUGAUCAACGCUUUGGAGGCAAGACGCAAAGUCGUUUUCCUGGAUCAUGAUCGUUGCUCCAGUUGUCAAGAGACCGGAGAAAGAGAUAACAUUACGAACGUGGGUGAAGCCGAAGUGGUUUGGCAAUGUGUUGCGGGGCUGGUGAAGAGCGGGGUAGCGCGGAAAGACAUUGGCGUCAUGACACUGUAUCGGUCCCAGCUUCGACUAUUACGAGCAAUAUUUAGUGACAAAGAAGAUGCGGAGUUAGAGAUCCUAACUGCAGACCAGUUUCAAGGCCGUGACAAGAAAUGUGUGAUCAUUUCGAUGGUGCGCAGUAACGACGGCGCAAGUGGCGGCAGCCUGUUGCGGGAGCUUCGGCGUGUGAACGUUGCGAUGACACGGGCCAAGGCAAAACUGCUGAUUGUGGGUUCGAAACGCACGGUAAGCUCCGUGGAGACUAUACGCGGAUUUGUGGAGCUGCUUGGAUCACGAGGCUGGAUCUACCCGCUCCCUGCAGACUGCCUGCAGUGCUACAACUUACCAAGGAAGACUGGGGCUAAAAGGACAACUAGCGAAAAAAAGAAAAGUGCAUCAAGCCAUAUAACGGGCGAUUCGAAAUUCGCACAAAACAAACCCAUUAUACGGGACGUACUGAAUGGAAUGUAA